AGCGGCCGCAGCCUUCCCAAGUCAGUCCGCACACCACCGGCUACCAGUACAGAGACACAGAGGCAGCAGCAUGAAGCUCGAGAGCAUCGUACCCAACUUCAAGGCGCCCUCCACGCAGGGGCCACUGGACUUCUACAAGUGGAAAGGCGACUCGUGGUGUGUUCUGUUCUCACACCCGGCGGACUUCACGCCAGUGUGUACCACAGAGCUGGGCCGCAUCGCCGUCCACAACCCGGAGUUCCAGAAGCGAGGAGUCAAGCUGCUGGCGCUCUCCUGUGACAAGCUCAAGGACCACGUCGACUGGGUCAAUGACAUCAAGUCGUACUGCAAGGACAUUCCCGGCGACUUCCCGUACCCCAUCGUGUCCGACGAGACGCGCGAGCUAGCCGUCAAGCUGGACAUGAUCGACGAGCGCGACAAGGACAACGUGGAGAAGGCGAUGACGGUGAGGGCCAUGUACGUCAUCGGGCCGGACAACCGGCUGCGCCUCUCCAUGGUGUACCCCGCGUCCUGCGGCCGCAACGUCGAUGAGCUGCUGCGCGUGAUCGACUCCCUGCAGCUGACGGACCGGCUGAAGGUGGUGGCCACUCCCGCCAACUGGACGCCCGGUACCAAGGUGAUGAUCCUGCCGCACGUGCCCGACCAAGACCUGCCCAAGCUCUUCCCCGGAGGCGUCGAGCGCGUCUCCAUGCCCUCCGGCAACAACUACGUGCGCACCACCACAGACUACUGAGAUACUACAGCUAUCUCUCAACUCAUUUGUACAUGGCUUCAGGUCAAUCUUGUAAAUAAUUUAUAUUUUUAAAAGCAAAUAAACUAUCUUGUACCGUGACUAUAA